UGGACCACAAAGUGCUACUAACAGUACACAAAAGCUUCCACAGCACUAUAUAUCUAUUACUUGUAUGUACAACUAACAAAUUAGUAUUAACAAUUGUAAAGAAAAAGUUUGUUUAAUUAGCACAAAAAUGGCUAAUGAUGAGGUGAUUUUGUUGGAUUUUUGGCCUAGCAUGUUUGGUAUGAGGCUAAGGAUUGCACUUGCUGAAAAAGAGGUUAAAUAUGAGUACAAAGAAGAAGAUGUGUGGAACAAAAGCCCUUUGCUUUUAGAGAUGAAUCCUAUAUACAAGAAAGUUCCAGUAUUGAUUCACAAUGGAAAACCAAUUUGUGAGUCUAUUAUUGGAGUUGAGUAUAUUGAGGAAGUGUGGAAGGACAAAGCCCCUUUGCUCCCUUUUGAUCCUUAUGAGAGAGCACAAGCUAGGUUUUGGGCUGACUACAUUAAUAAGAAGUGUGAGACCUAUGGUAACUUCAGCUUAGAAGCCGAGUGCCCUAAGCUUGUGGCUUGGGCCAAGAGGUGCAUGCAAAGGGACUGUGGUCAAGUCUUUGCCUGACAAACAUAAGGUAUGUGAGUUUGUAUCAAUGGCAAGACACAAGUUUGGAAUUGAAUAAAAGUAUCCAUAAUGUUUUCUUGAGUUGUAUAGUUUUGUAUUUGCAAAGCAAGUUUGUUCAUAGUGUAAUAAGUUGGUUCUACUUUUACAAUUGUAAUAAAGGACUCUAAGCAUUGUUGUGUUGAGUGCUUGUUUUUUUACUCCUUGUGUGUAGUUUAGUGCUCCUCUUCGUAUACUGAUCUAGAAUUUAAAGAUUUUGAAGCUAUACUAGAGUAAAUAGAUCGGUUUGUUUAUUUUGGACUUCGAUUCAAAUAUCUACAUAAUAACUAAAUUUAAAAUUUUAAAACAUCAUUAAUAACACGUGUUAAAUAAUACAAAACGAAGCAAGAAACGUGAUUUAUGUUUCAAAAGUCCUUUUCAUAUUACAUUACUCUCGGUCUACAUUUAUUUGUC